AUGGACAGAACAAAAGAAUUCAGAGACACCAUAAAUACAACAGGAAUUCCCCAACAGAAUAAUUCAAUACAAGACUCCCCCCUUACAUCCUUACUAAAUAUAUCCAGGGACCUAAGAAUUACCUUAAAUUCUGCAUAUACAGAAUUAAAAACAAAAAGAAUAAUAAAUUAUUCUGAAUUCGAACCCACCAUAAAAUCGGGUAUCCAGGAGUGCAUCAAAACCAUCCACCUUCUAGAACAAAAUAAUAUUACAUAUUACAAAAACAUAAUAACAAACCUACUAGCCCUAAUAAAACGCACAGAAAUCAAGCUAGAAGAAGUCAAAGCAAAAAGAACAAGGGUCUCCCUUAAUAUUGCCCUAGAACCAGAAAGAUCCUCCGUGGUAAAGCCAAAACCCAUUUUAUUGCAGACCUUGCAAGAAGAAAAUGACAGAAUUUUAGAGCGAGCCAGACUAUCAGACAGAGAAUUGCUUAAGAUCAACAGGAAAGUAUCUGAGAUAGACGUAUUACAACGCCUUAUAACAGAAGAAUUAUUCCUGCAGGAUGAGCGCAUUGAUGUCAUAAUUAAUAAGACAAAGACUGCAUCUGUGGAUGUCAAGAUCAGUCGGGGGUACCUUAGAAAGGGAACAGAGAGCAAAAGUAGAAUGAAAGGGUUUAUUUCAUUAUUUAUUAUGAUACUUUCUAUUGUAUUAAUAAUAUUACAUCUUGGAAAUAAAUAA